AUGAAACAAAAGCAAACCCAGUAUCAUGGAUUGGCGGCAGAGGAUAGAGCAGCCAUUCGACGUGAGAAAGUCAGAUUAAACGUCAAGGCUUUUCGGGAACGAAAGAAAAUGAUUCAGCAAGGCCACCGUGAUUCUACUGAGACUGAAAUCAAAUGUAGCUCAGCUGUGGAACUUCGUUGGAUUCCAGAGAAAACGUUGGAAGCACUAUGCGUGAACAACCACAGGAACAGAGCCCCUGAGAAGACUCCGAACGCGACGAAGUCUGCUGAGAUGAUCAAGAAGGAAGCCAACCAGAUUUCCACGAUGAGGCCCUGCCCAAUGCUUGAAUUUAAUCUGGAAAAAGAGGACACGUCUGCGUUGAUCGACGACUUCCGAUCUAGAUUCCUUCCUUGCCACCAGUUCAUGCCGCCACUAACAUGCGCUCUCGAACGAUCAGCGGCGCCUUGUGCAUCUUGGAUCACCCGCGCGUUCAAUAUCGCCUUCUACAAGGAGAGAGCGGUGGUUAGAGCGAUGAUGCGUUCCAUCGCGCUUGGGUUGAUCGCGAUAGAGGAUUGCAGAGAAGAUGUUAAGAGAAAGUCCCUUGAUUCCUACCAAACAAGCCUGGUAGCAGUCAGGCGGUAUGUCGUCUAUGUUGGGAAGAAGAGGCUGGACCCAGCCGAUUUCCUAGCCUUGCUCUUAUCCUGUCAUGUCGCUGCGAUGUAUGAACUUGCGGUCAACGUAUCACUUGUCGACAUGAUUCGUCAUGUCGACGGCAUCACGGCAUUGAUCUUGCAUCAAAUAUCUGGUCACAGUCACCUCCCGGAAACAUUUUACGAUCUAAUAGAAGAGUUUCGGGUAAUUGAAAUGUGCUUCUGUCUGCCCUUACGACGAAUUUCCCUGUUGACAAACUUUAAAAAUCGAACAAAUCGUGCCGGAGCUGAUGGCCAUUCGCUCAGAACUGCCGAGAAAAACACUUCCUAUAUGGGCGGGUUGAUUGACAUUGCUGACCGGAUCUGUACGGUCAUGGUAAAAUUCGACGGCCUGAAGCCCUUUAAGGAGACUGGUCAUACAACUGAUGCCCUGCGGGAGGUAGUUGGAGACGCAUAUAACAUCCUUGACACACUGAAGACAUGGAAGGAAGACUUCCUCGCAGUUUACGGCUCCUCCAUCUGCAACCUGGGAUACCACCACUCAUCAACCAAAAGCCUGGAGUUCUUCUCUUUGCCCAUCGCUGCUACGUGGGCGUAUGGCCUUGCAUAUAAGCUGUACGCCUUAGAUAUUCUCAUCUCCGCGCAGAUAGCGCUAUCUGAAAUUGGAGAGACUGACGGGCGAUUGAGCCAUGCUCGUUGGAUUCCUGGUCAGGACAGUCUAGCACACGCUGCGGUGGAUAUGCUCGAUACUGCCCGUCUUCUGCUAAGGUCUCUGCCGUGGUUCUAUCAACAAGAUAUUGGAAUCACCGGCCGCACACUUUCUAUUCUCCCAUUGGGAGCAGUCAAUCACGCAUUCUGUAAUGACAUCUGGCAGGACUUGGUGGCAGUCAACGUCCAUUUCGGAUGCAAUGACACCCCAACCACUAGCUCCGUUCCUCUACUUCUGAGCAGAGAUUUGGCCAUGUAUGAAGAAAUGGCGUUGAGAGCAAAGGCUUGUGGGCUUCCGAUUGUGUCUGAGCAAUUAUUCCAGAGUCUUGAGACAUCCUCUACAGGAGUGUGA